CUAGGUUUAAACUUAAGUUAUGAUCAGUCGAAAUUUGAAUCUUAUAUUUUCGAGUUAGGUCGGGUGAAGUUUUGACACCUCUAACGCUAUACGGCUCAAACUGUCACACACACAUUGUCCUGAAUCAUCCAAAUCAAGCUACAAAAAAGUGGAACAUACCCAGAAAGAGCUGAAAAACAGUGAGAUAGAGAGGGAAAAAAAAAAGGAAAAACCCAAAUGAAGUGUCCAUAUUGUUCAGCACCACCAUCGCACGGGCGGUGCACAACCACCCCAACAGGGCGUUACAUAACAGAGUGCACAUCUUGCGGCCGUGUCAUCGAAGAACGCCAAACUCAAACCCACCACAUCUUCCAUCUUCAAGCUCAAGACUCCCCUCUUUUCCUCUCCACCUCCGACCUCCCUCUCUCUCCUCCUCAGCCCGCCUUACCCGACCCGGAUGACCCGUUUGACCCUACCGGGUUUCUCACCGCCUUCUCUACCUGGUCUCUCCGCCACUCCCCGCUUUUCGCCGCUUCUUCUCUCUCCUUCUCUGGCCACCUCGCUGAGCUUGAGCGUGCUCUCGAGGGCACUUCUGUUAAUUCUUCUUCUUCUUCUGGGGUUGUUGUUGAUAAUUUGAGGGCUUAUCUUCAGAUUGUUGAUGUUGCUUCCAUUCUUGGGUUGGACCAUGAUAUUUCUGAUCAUGCUUUUCAGUUGUUUAGGGAUUGUUCUUCUGCUACUUGUUUGAGGAAUCGUAGUGUUGAAGCUCUUGCUACUGCUUGUCUUGUUCAAGCUAUUCGUGAAGCUCAGGAGCCUCGUACUCUUCAGGAAAUCUCAAUUGCAGCAAACCUUCCUCAGAAAGAGAUUGGAAAGUAUAUCAAGAUCUUGGGAGAAGCUCUACAACUCAGUCAACCAAUUAAUAGCAAUUCCAUAGCUGUACAUAUGCCCAGAUUUUGCAAUCUUCUCCAGCUUAAUAAAUCCGCUCAGGAACUUGCAACCCACAUUGGAGAAGUUGUGAUGAACAAAUGUUUCUGCACUCGUAGGAACCCUAUAAGCAUAUCAGCUGCUGCUAUAUAUCUGGCCUGUCAACUAGAAGAUAGACGCAAGACCCAGGCAGAGAUAUGUAAGGUAACAGGUCUCACUGAGGUCACACUCAGAAAAGUCUACAAAGAGCUGCUUGAGAACUGGGAUGAUUUACUCCCGUCUAAUUAUACUCCUGUUGUCCCUCCUGAAAAAGCAUUUCCAACUACUACUAUUGCAUCUGGCCGUUCUGCAACCCCAAGAGCCGAACCACCAGAAAUUACUACUUUCGAUCGAGAAAAGCAACCUGAGAGCAAGCAGCCCAAAACGAAUCAGGCUUCAGAGACAACUCAUCUGGACAAGGUCAAGGGGGAGAAUGAUGGCAAUGCCCCUAAUACGAAUAAGUCAUCCACUUCUUGGAAACCUGGGGCUCAAACUGGUUCUAGUGCUGGGAAGAACAGUGGUGAGAUCAAUCAAGGGAUUGGAUUGAAGUUUAAUUCGAGUAUGCAAGCAGAGCAAAAAGUCAUUGGGUCUAUGAGGCCUAAUCCAUUUGUUGCCGCUCAGGUAUUUGGAGCAACUUCCACAUCGCGACCUAGUAAUCAAAACUCACAACCAGGACAAUACCAAACAGCAGGUUCGUCGGACCUCAAGGAACCCAGUAGACAUAAUCAAGGCAAGGGUUCUGAUACAGCUGGCGGAAGAUGAUUAGCUGUAGUGUAGCUCUUGGGUCUUUAGGUAUUUACUAGUCUUGAAGGUUUCUUCAUCGUGUAUAAUAUGAUGAUGUGUUAUGGAUAGAACAGAGUUUAUUGUUUUUAAUUUCAAUGUCAGAGUAGCUGAUUUGUUGAUUCUUAAGAAACAAUUUAUACACUCAGUUGCCAGUUGUAUAUCUUAAAUGAGUCAUGUAUAUGGAUUCUAGUCUAAUGAAAUACAGUAUAUUGGAAAAAA